AUGUCUAACAUAUUGUCAGUAUUUAACCCAUCGCCUUCUCGUGAUCUUGCUCCAUCAGAAGCGGACUGCCUUCCAUGCACCUUGAUUCAAUCUGUGUUUGCCAUUGGUGGAGGGAUCUAUCUUAACUCUAGCUUACCAUUUACUGAGGGAAAAGAGAACAAGAUCGACUUCAAAAAACACCCCCUAUGGUGGCAGAAAUCGGUGAGAGGCAUAGGUAUUUUACUUAUUGGGUUAGGGGCUUAUAGGUUUGGUGAAGUGGGCCAAAUUGUCUAUAAAAAGAAGUUUGAGUAA